UCUAUUUUUUGUGAAGGUCGAUUAUCCGUUUCAGCCAUUUUGUUUAGCUAUUUGUCAUAUGAGAAAGGAUUCCCCCUUGUUUUAAGCCCUGCAAUUAAUAUUUCGGAUAUAGUUUAUCCACCAUAGCAUGCACUAUAUAUCGAAACAUAUGUUUUCUUAGCUAUGGCUGACAAGCGGAAGCUGCAAGGUGAAAUUGAUAGAUGCCUUAAAAAAGUUCAGGAGGGUGUAGAAACAUUUGAAGAUAUAUGGAACAAGCAAAAUUCUGCAAGUUUAAAUCAAAAAGAAAAAUAUGAAACUGAUCUGAAACGGGAAAUAAAGAAAUUACAGCGGCAAAGAGAUCAGAUAAAAUCAUGGUGUGCCAGCAACGAUAUAAAGGACAAAAGUGCCCUUUUAGACCAUCGGAAGCUUAUAGAAACACAAAUGGAAAGAUUUAAGGUUGUAGAGCGAGAAACAAAAACAAAAGCUUACUCAAAAGAAGGGUUAGGUGCUGCAUCCAAAGUUGAUCCUCAGACAAAGGAGAAAGAAGAUGCAACAAACUGGUUAUCAAAAAUGAUAGAGGGAUUAAAGUUACAACUAGAUCAAUUUGAAAGUGAAAUAGAACAAUUGCAAGGUCCAUCCAAGAAAAAGAAAGCAGAAAGAGAAGAAAGAUUAGAAAGUUUAAAAAACCAUACAGAUCGACAUUUGUUCCAUAUAGAAAAAUUAGAAACAAUAAUGAGAAUGGUGGAUAAUGAAACACUAACGGUGGAAAAAAUGAAAAGCAUAAGAGAAGAUGUGGAGUAUUAUGUUGAUAGCAAUCAAGAUCCUGAUUUUGAAGAAAAUGAGUUCCUUUAUGAUGAUUUACAGUUAGAAGAUUUAGGUCUUUUAGCAUCAUCUCCUCCAAAUGAUGACAUCAUAUUAACAGGAACACCAACAUCCACGAAUUCUAGCUCACCAUCACCUAGUCCGAGUGUUAUUGCCAACCAUUCCAGUGAGAAGGAGGAAAAUGACAGAAAAAGGCAUAACUCACAAGCAGAAAAGAAAAACAAAAACAACCAACAGAUUUCUACUACACCAUUACCUUCAAAUAACAAAGUACAAAUCACUCCCACUAAACAACAAAGUAAUUCAGUUCAAAAUUCAGAAAAUAGUACUAUUAGUAAUCACAAUCAUGUGACGCCCCCGUCUACACCAUUUGCUGCAGCAGCUAGUGGUCAGCAAAACAAUAAUACAUCAAGUACGCCUACAAGAUUAUCUAAUUCCGUUUCAUCUGUGUGGCAUCGAAAUUCAGCCGCACAGAAUAGCUUUACUCACGCAGAUUUGAAGCCUCAGGCCAAUUCUAUAGACCAUGCAGCAGCAAGUAGUUCAACGACAAAUGGUACCAUAGUUCCUUCUCAUAGUAGUUCUGUCUCCUCAUUAACCUCCUCGGGAAAUCCUUCGGUGCCGUCUGCUCCUUCACCAUUUACGAACUCUGGUGCUGCAUCAGCGCCAAACCUAAACAACUCGAUGGUUAGUUCAGUGCAACCUUUAAACAGUGCAAAAGAUUUACCACUAAUGAAUGGUCCUUCUAGUGCUGGUGUUAGUAUUUUAAAGGAAUCUGACCCCAUGUCUUCGUUGAAGUCAAUGGCCCAGCAGGCUAUUGUCAAUGCAGGUCUUGAGAGUGAGAUAUCUAUGUCUGAUGAUGUGAAAACUGAAUCAACAGGAAUCUCUAAUACACCCUUAUCUCAAGCCCCUCCACAGCCCACAGUACCAUCGCAAGAACAGUUAGUUACAUUACAGUCACAAUCAAUACUGCCAUCAUUACAGCCGCAGUCAGUAUCUCAAUCACAGACACAACAGACCACCACAAUCCAGCUAAAUCCAUUAUUAGGAGUAGCGCCGUUAGGGCCAGUGCCGCUUGUUAAAGAUCAUGUUUAUCAACUGACAAUGUUAGAUGCUGCCUAUCAACAUUUGCCUCAUCCUUCAGAUUCAGAACGAUUACGGCAUUAUUUGCCACGUAAUCCCUGUCCAACACCAUCUUAUUAUUAUCAACUCCCACCACCCCAUGCAGAUUCUGUAGAUUUCUUCACACGAUUGUCAACAGAGACUCUCUUCUUCAUAUUUUAUUAUAUGGAGGGUACAAAGGCUCAAUACUUGGCAGCAAAAGCAUUAAAGAAGCAAUCAUGGCGGUUCCACACGAAAUAUAUGAUGUGGUUUCAGCGGCAUGAAGAACCAAAAACUAUCACAGAAGACUUUGAGCAGGGCACAUACAUUUUUUUCGACUAUGAAAAAUGGGGCCAACGGAAGAAGGAGGGUUUUACAUUUGAAUACCGAUAUUUGGAAGAUCGGGACUUGAACUAGUAUUGAAUUAGGCCGCAUAAGCCAUGUGAUUAUGGAUCUGCCAUCCUAAUUUUAUGUGGUUGGACAACUGCUGUUCGUACGAGUCAGUUUGUUGUAGGACACUGAACUGUGGAGGAUAGCAAAUGCUGAGUUUAUUAUGUUCUUUGGAUCUCAAUGCAACGAUAUUCAGGAGAGAAAACAAAAUGUCACACCACUAUUCCAUCUUAUUCCAGUCAAGAUGUUUCGUUAAUUGCCGUCCAAGAUCAAAGUGUGAAGCUAGAAAGUCUUUACUUACAUACCAACAAUAUAAAAUCAUCACUAGUAUGACCAGUUUUUUGCUAUAUUAGUAUUGAACUGGCCACUUCUUAGCAUUGAUUAUCACUAUAGAAUAUAUACCUCUCUUCAAAAAAUCUAUUUUAAUUCAUGGACUAAGAAUCAUAUCAAAGUCACUAUAUAGUGCUAUUUCUGUUUCCAUUGACUUUGAUGUGAUAUGAAGCGUGAGUGUAAUCUGUGUAAUCUGACAGUAUAUUGGAAACCUAUUUGGAAUAGGUUUGUUGUAUACAAUAGACAAUUACUGUGACAAGUGAAUUAAAGUUAAGUGCAAUUUAACCCAUUUUCAUUUGUUAUUAUUUGCAAUGCUCAUUCACAUACAAUUAGUAGUCGGGAUCCUUAGAUACUUGUAUAGAAGACUGUUGUGUAUCCAAGAUUUCAGCAUAGUGUUUCAAUGUAAAAGAAUGUGUAGAUUUCAUUAUAUCAUUUAGAGUACAUUUGUAUCAUAUAAUAUUGUGAUUGUGUGGAGAGUGAAAGUGCAUGUGUAUAUUCAAAAUACUUUUUGAGAGGUGAAUGAUUCACAUAUUUGAUACUUCAUUCAUUAUCAUGCAUAUUUCAUUAAAAUAAUAAACUUCAUUCCAUUGGUCAUAUCACUUUUACAUUGAAACAUUUGAAAUGAAAUAGGGAUGGAAGAGAUAAAGACGAUGUCUAGAUACGAUCUAUGACACCUAGUGUAAGGCAAAUUUUGAUAGCUUUAUAAUGUACACCCACUUUAAUUCAUCAGAACAAAAUCAUUAUAUAGUACACAGUUCCUUCUUGAAAUUGUUUAUCAGAUGACUAUUCUUGGUUUUUAAAAAACCAUAACAAAAUAUUUUAGAUAUUAGUCGAAGUCUGUAAAUAAUCAAAACUUUUGAAUAGCAAAUAAACUUCUUUGAUCAUGAGAAAAAAAUUGAUGUGGUUAACUUUAAAGAAACUUUACUGUCUUUUAACUUAGAUAUUCUAUUUUCCUUCAUGUUACUAAAUUACAUUUAACCUACUGAAGUCACGUUACUGUGUUAUAUUUGGGAAAAUAUCACUGUCAUUUCAUUUAUAUAAUUAGGAGGAAAUUGUAUAGGGUAACCAUUUUAAAAGUAUUAAAAUAUUAUUUGGGUAAAUAAUAUAAUUACCUUUUAAGUAAACCCAGGCCAUUAUUAAAAUGCCAUAUAAUUUAUAUGUGAACUGAACUAUGAAUCUACAUAUGUGUACAUCUAAACCGGUUUAAAAUACAUGUGAAGCUUUUGACUUUGGGCAACAAAAGCAAAUUUUCUAUUUAUUUUGAAAUUAAACGAAAUAAUGAAAACACAAUUUAUAUGGAAAACAAUCAUUGGUUUGUACACAUUUUGCAUGUUUUCCAUAUAAAUUGUGUUUUUUAUUUUGAAACUAUUAAUUAUUCUUAUCAAUCUGUCCUUUGAUUAUAUUCUUAUAAAAUUAAGAAAAUAAUCAGUUGACCAGGAUUAAAGAGAUGUGUAUUUAUGAUUGAUAUUUAUUUUUAUUAUUAAUGAUUCGUUUUUGAUGUUUCAAACAAUUUGAUUCACUAAGUUUUUGUUUUAAUCAAAUGUUACCAUUAAUGAUUAAAACUGGUUACACAACUUGUUAAUUUGAUUUAUCAUUGAACUAAAUUGCCUACAUGAACCUAAAGGAAAGGAUUUGUAUUAAUUUCCACUUGUUAAAUGGAAACAUUUUGUUCUAUUCUUAUUCUACUUUUAAAAAGUGCUUUUUAUUUUUUGAAUAGAGAAAUAUAUGCACUUUAAUUUAACUAUAAAUCUAGUUUUUAAAUUAUAGAAUUUUUAGUCACAGCGUUAUGUUAUAUGUAUUUAAAUCAUAGUCUGUUGUUUUCAAAUUUAUUUCCCAAAUUAUAUCUAUACUGAAUAAGAUAAUUUAUUGUUUCAGCAAAUAAAUCAAGCAUAUUUCUUUCCUUACUUGGACUAUAUAAAUUGCAAUAAUUGGACUUGGGGACUGCAUAAGUGCCUAACACAAAGUGUAGCAACACUUUUGAAAAAAAUGAUCUUUUCCUAGUCAAUAACUGCUUCCAGAUAUUAAGAUCAUCUUUAAGACUAGUGUUAUAAUUUAUGACAUUUGUAUCUCUGGAAGGGAAAUUUGUUAUUGUAAAAUGUUCUAAUAACUAUUUGAAUCGUAUGUUUGUCUAAAAUAGAUUUUUAUGAAUCUGAUUUAAAUUAAUUUGCUGAAGAGCAUUUUUCUCUUAAAUAAUUUAAUGAACCAAAUACUUUCUAUUAUAAUUAAAUGUACAUACAUAUUGACUGGAUUGAGUGGAUAGAUUGUGGGAGGCAAAAAAUCUCAUAUCAUUUUGUUGUAACAUAUUAGCGGAUGUCUCCAAUCAAAGAGUCAUAGCUAUUUAGCAAGACAUUUCCAUUCACAAGUAUCAUAUUCACUCGGCAUACCUAGGCUUCCCAUGUUCUGUAUUUGUGUUAAUUUGUGGACUGGAUCCAUAAUUGAUGCAAUGUGAUGUCAAACUGCGAUACAGCCACUCUGCUAGAGAAGAUGCCAUUUCUCCCAGAGGGGUUAUUUUUGUACAGCAUGUCAUGUUGAACCCUUGUACAGCUGUCCUAUUGUUUACACUGUUAUAUAAAGUAACAGAUGGUAAAGCUUCUGUAUAUAUAUUAUUAAAGGGACAGUUGUACCAAUAAGGGUGGUCAGAAAAAAUGCAGAAAAAACUUCAAAAAAAUAAAUACUGAUUUGUCUGUGAAAA